AAUUCGUGAUUCACAUUAAAAGCCUAUUGCUACCAUUGAAAUAUUGGAUUUUGAUGGUAGUGGGAUAGAUCGUCAUUUGAAAGAAGACAGUAUUCUGCUGUAUAUAUACCCGGCAGAGUGCUUCCAAAAUAAAAAUCAGUUGAGGAAUUGAGAAAAGUGGUGUCUAAAGUGAAAAAGUGUAGAACGUAGAACCAGAAAUCAUGAAUAAGGUCGCUUUCGGAUUAUAUUUUCUGGUCGUUGUCGCUUCUGUGUGCGCAAUGCCGAGGCCCGAGGAGCGAAUUAUCGCCGUAGAAGUAAAUGAACCGUCCGCCGAUCUAGAAACGGCCGAAUCAGCCGGAUACGGAAAAUUUGGAGGUCUAGGAGGUUUUGGAGGCUUAGGUGGGUUCGGAGGUUUUGGUGGAUUUAAACCUUACGCCGGACACUUCGGCUACCGACCUUUCUCAGGAUUUUACCAACCAAUAAAACCUUUCGGUUUCGGAGGUUUAGGAGGACUUUAUAAGCCAUUUCACGGAUAGAGGAAAGAGGAGCUAUA